AUGGACUCGGGGACUCCCCUGUACAGGGAAGAGCAGGAGAAUUCUAUGGCCUGUUGCUGCUUUUGGCAGAUGGUCCUCGGCCAGUGUGGACGAUGGUUCGGAGUCAAAAUCCUAGUGACCUUUAGCCCUGGUGGGAAAAAAGUAGCAAUGACAGGCACUUGCAUGAGUGCUAUACCUAGAGUCUUGGAUAGUGCAUGGACCGUACAUGACUGGCACUGCUUUCGCAAGAUGGCGGCUGCCCUUCUGCUUGCAGCUCAGGGCCUAAGCCCAAUCCAUGAGCAACUCCACGACCACACAGCAUCAAUCCUGGCACGACUCAAUAAUAUUUUCUGUAACUUCUGGGAGAAGCU